AUGGAUUCAGUCAUGGUCCUGGUGCUCACUGUCUCCUGUCUGCUUCUCCUCUCACUCUGGAGACAGAGCUCUGGGAGAGGGAAGCUCCCUCCUGGCCCCAUGCCUCUGCCAAUUAUUGGCAAUUUCCUCCAGAUAGAUGUGAAGAACAUCCAGAAAUCCUUUACCAAUUUCUCAAAAGCCUACAGCCCUGUCUUUACUCUGUAUUUUGGCACACAGCCCACUGUGGUGUUGUAUGGCUAUGAGGCAGUGAAAGAAGCACUAAUUGGUCAUGGGGAGGAGUUCUCUGGAAGAGGAAGGCUCCCAGCUGUGGAUAAAGUUGUUAAUGGCCUAGGAAUCACUUUUAGCAAUGGGAAUAUAUGGAAAGACAUGCGGCGUUUUUCCCUCAUGACCCUGCAGAAUUUGGGCAUGGGAAAAAAGAGCAUGGAGGGCUGUGUUCAAGAGGAAGCACAGUACCUUGUGGGGGAACUUAGGAAAACCAAUGGCUCACCCUGUGAUCCCACCUUCAUCUUGACCUGUGCUCCCUGCAAUGUGAUCAGCUCAAUUAUUUUCCAGAGUCGUUUUGAUUAUAAAGACCAGGAUUUUCUUAACUUGAUGGAAAAAUUACAAGAGAACAACAAGAUUUUGAGCUCCCCCUGGAUACAGGUUUGCAAUGCAUUCCCUGCUCUGCUUGAUUAUUGUCCAGGAAGUCAUAGAACAAUUUUUAGAAAUUAUACAUGUAUUAAAAGUUACCUUGUGGAGAAAAUAAAAGAACAUGAAGAAUCACUGGAUGUUACAAAUCCUCGGGACUUCAUUGAUUACUACCUAAUUAAAAGAAGGCUGGAAAACUGCAAUUACCAGUUGAACUAUACACUUGAAAAUCUGGCAGUAACUGUGACCAAUCUGUUUGCUGCUAGGACAGAGACAACAAGCACAACAUUGAGAUAUGCUCUCCUGCUCCUGCUGAAGCACCCCCAUGUCACAGGUAAGGACAUCCAGGAAGAGAUUGAUCGUGUGGUUGGUCGACACCGCAGCCCCUGCAUGAAGGACAAGAGCCACAUGCCCUACACAGAUGCCAUGAUUCAUGAGGUCCAGAGAUGCAUUAAUCUUGUCCCCAGCAAUAUGCCACAUGCAGUAACCUGUGACAUUAAGUUCAGGAACUACUUCAUCCCCAAGGGAACAAACAUUUUAAUAUCACUGUCAUCAGUGCUGCUUGACAACAAGGAAUUCCCCAACCCAGAAAUGUUUGACCCUGGCCACUUUCUUGACAGGAAUGGAAACUUUAAGAAAAGUGACUACUUCAUACCCUUCUCACUAGGAAAACGGAUGUGUGCAGGAGAGAGCCUGGCCUGCAUGGAGUUGUUUCUCUUUCUGACCAACAUUUUGCAGAACUUCAAGCUGAAACCUCCCGUUCACUCAAAAGACAUUGAUACAACCCCAGUGGUCAGGGGUUUGGCUUCAGUGCCUCCUUCUUUACAGCUCUGCUUUAGUCAGGUCUGA